AUGAAUGCUGGCGAAAAAGAGAAGCUGGUGGUCAGUUUGAAAGCAGGAAUUGGAAGCAAACGCGAUGGGCCACUGAAUACAGCUGACUGGAAAUAUGCCGAUGAUGUAGCGGCACCAUUGGCCAGUGGCGAGCCACUGGAUGAGCAGAAGGAGGAACAGUCUCAGAUGAACGGUACCAGAACUCUUGGAUCGCAGCAAAAAGCAGGAGUCAAUGGAGCUGCAAGCGACAGCGAACCACAACUGACCAGCAACAGCAAUAAAUUGAAAGGACAAAGACAGCCGGGCUCCUUAGAUACAUUUUGA